AUGUGGGAAUGUUUGGAAGAAGUAUAUCUUCAAGGAACUAAAGAUAAGGAGUUCCAGCUCAAGCAACAGCUGCAAAGUGUGAAGUUCGGAAUUAAAAUAAUUGACAAUUACAUUAAGGAAUUCAAAGGCACAUGUGAUGGUCUUGCAGCCAUUCAUAAGCCUGUAAAUGAAGAUAGAAAAGUUAUUAAUUUUGCUAGAGGUAUAAGCCCUAAGUACAAGACCUUCAGGACUGUCAUGCUAGGUAAGACACUAUAUCCUACUCUUAAUCAGUUUGAUAAUGCUCUCAGGGGUUUUGAUAUGAGGGAGGAUGAAGAAGCACAUGAUAAUUUUGAUUCAGUGAAAGUACAGACUGUUAGCCCAUACAUUAAUAGUGAUAAUGUUGUUAUACCUCAUGUACUUAUUGAUGAUGAAAGUAUUAUUGACCUCUCAGGCGUAGGACCAGGAUCAGAUGCUAAGGAACAGGUUGAAGUUACAGAGGAACAUGUUGCUCUUACAGGUCCAACCAAUGAUCAUCAUCAAACAACCACUUUAGUUGAUGUACCAGUUGACCAUCAACCUGACAAUGCUACACUCCACUCAACUACCUCGGUUGAUGUACCAGUUGAUGUACUUCUUGCACCAAAAGGGGAUCAUAUCAUCACUAGGCACAAGGUGAAUGAACAACACUUGUCACUUGUUGCUCGCAACAACAUAGAAAUUGUGAGAGAACUAACUGCUAAGAAGGCACGAAAAUCACCUCAUUGGCUUGCAGCAAUGCAGGAAGAAAUUGAUGCUUUACAUACUAACAAAACAUGGAUUUUUGUGCCCAAAUCUCCAUGUAUAAACUUAGUUGUCUCAAAAUGGAUGUUCAAGACAAAAUUAAAAGUUGAUGGGACAAUAGAUAGAUAUAAGGCCAGACUUGUGGCAAGGGGAUUCUCGCACCUUGAAGGGAUAGAUUUUGAAGAAACAUUUAGUCCAGUGGUUAAAGCUACAACUAUUAGGGUGGUUUUAUCCAUUUCUUUCAAUUCAAAAGGGAAGUUAGACAACUAG